AUGAGGUCACCGGAUGGCACGAAAAUGAAGCAAAUCUUGCUUAUCUUAUUGUGCUCAACUUACGUAUGCGGAGUUCAUUCAACUCAACAAGCGAGUGAUCAUCCAAAUGAAACAUCUGCCGGACAUCAUCGAAUCCUGGACGUACUUCAAUCGUAUUUGUUGAUCGUUGCCCUCGUGAUCAUCGUGAUUCUCAUUGCGAUCGUCAUUGCAAUCAUCAUUGGCGUCAUCAUUGUUGCUUUGACUGGGAAUCUCAAAUUAUUCAAUUUCUGCCGUUCAAUUCAACGUCAACGCAGUCGUAUUUCACAGCUCGAGUCGACAUCCCAACAACACGAGGUUCCAUUCCGCAGCACCGGUCUCAAGAAUUACACUCCUCUC